UUUACAAAAAAAUAUUUCAAUCGCCAAUUGGUUCUGCUCGAAGUGCAGAAACAUCACUUAACAGAGAAAAACUUAGCAGUUUUAAACUAUAAGUAUAAAAUACGUUGCGUUUGACGUACUGUGACCAUGAAGGCUGUUUACGUACUUUUAAUGUUGGCCCUUGUUGGAAUCGUUUAUGCAAAAGCUACUCCUGAUCGAGCGAAAGAACCAUCUCAUCCAAAGCAUCCUCCUGAACACUCUGGUGAACACUCUGAUGAAGAUGAUGACGAACACUCUGGUGAACAUGGUGGUGGACACGAUGGUGGACACGAUGGUGGACAUGAUGGUGGACACAAUGGUGAUAACGGUGAUAAUGGUGAUAACGGUGACAACGGUAAUAACGGUGAUAACGGCGAUAACGGCGAUCAUGGUGAUAAUGGCGGUCAUGGUGGUUUAGGAUUAAUAGAACAUGUUUUGCAACUUGUGUGCAGUUUACUGGGACCAUUACUAUGUAGUCUAGGUCUAGGUGGUCUUUGCCUGAAGUUUAAAUGAAAGAAAAAAUUAAAUACACACCAUAAAGGAUACCUCCUAUUAUCGACAUCGUAAAGACACUCUUAUGAAAUAUAUCGAAUAUUAUUUAUCGAAUAAUAUACUUAUUAUUAUUAUUAUUAUAUUUAACUCGAAUGCACUGUAUCUCUUUUAAACACGUUUAAUUUUAAAGUCAACAACAAGUAUUGCAUAUG